AUUUUUAGCUUAGAGAUAAUAAAAUAAAUUGUCUAACGAGUUGAAUAAACUCAAAUAAAUUGCAUUAAAAAUAGUGUUUAUACACCUAGAGAGAAUAUGAAUAUAGUACCGACGGCUGCGGAGAUUUUGAGUAGAGACCGUCUAUUGCUCAAAGGUGAGAUGAAAAAGAUCUCUGAGAAAUGGGAAGAAAGGACAGAAGGACCAGGCACUAUAUGGCCCAUGGGAGGGACUUUUGAUCCAAUAAUGUAUAGGGACAUGGAGGUAGUGAUAAGGAAUUACAUAGAUAACAGAAGUGGAAAAACGGCCUUGGCGAAGAGGGACAGGGAAAAGUUAGUACUAGCUUUGUUCCUAGAGGAAGGAGAGAGAUGUCGAACAUUACAGAGAGUGGCGGGAGAAAAAAUAGCUAAUAACAAAAAGGCUCAACCAUUGCCUCUGAAGGUUGAGCCACCGCUGUACAAACCAGUGUCAGUCUAUCCAUUGUUAAAAGGCAUGGUAGCAAUUAAAGGGGAGGUCACACUAGAUGAGGAGGAUAAGCAAUGUAACACACAGGGAAGGAGGGGCGCACCCAUACACAUGGACUGUUAUGAGGGGAUUAGAAAUGCAGGAGAAGAGUGUGACGAUACUGAAACUAGUUCUAGUGAAAGCAAGGACGAAGAUAAGAAUAGUGGUGAUGAGCAUGUGGAGGAAGAUGGGAAUACUACUGAGCAAAAUUACAAAGGGCUUUCUUCGAGAAUUAAAAGGAGAGGAAAGAACACAAAGAAGAGAACGAAGAGUCAGAGGAGGCAGAAAAAAAGGAGUGAGAGUAAUGGGGGAGAGAGUUCCCGUGUGGAUCAAGCGUUGGAGGAGCCUUGCUGUAGUACAGCAUUACAAGGCCCCCUGGCGCUCGAAACACAGGAGAAAACCAGGAGAUCACAUAGAGAAAGAAAGGCACCCGACACUCUCCCAGGAAAUUAUCCUAUUCUAAUCAAUGGACAGCAGGCAUUCUCUCCCCCAAUAGAACAGCCUCAGAGCCAACAGUCACCUAAUCCACCCAUUACACAUGUUCACAUCCAUAAUUAUGGGAACCCCACAAAUAAAAAUAGGAAGAAUCGGAAUGAGGGGCCCCAAGGUCAGUUUAGAAACAAUCAACAACACGGAUCUCAAGGACAACGCAGCGGUCCUUUAAUAUGUUAUGGGUGCAACCAGGAAGGACAUAGUAAGAAAAAUUGUUUAAUUAACCCCUUUCCACCACAGCGAGCACAAGGUAACGGCAACCAGGGACAGGCGGGUCCCUUUAUGGGAUAGGGAUACUAGGGGUGCCCAGAGAAUUCACAGGGGGAGGCCCACCAAUGAUGGCCUACACUGGAGCCACUUACACUUGUGUAGGUUCAAAAUAUGCCUCUCACCUCCUUAUGGUCGGAAAAUUCACCAAAACUAUAGGUUUCUCGGGACACACACAGUCAAUACCUAUUGCAGCUCCAAGGAUGACAAUCGGAGAAUUCUUAUUUUCAGAAGAGAGAGAGAGAGAGAGAGAGAGAAUGGAUUUGCAUUGUGCUGAAUAGAUUACAUUUGUGAUUGGAUGUACUCUGUACUACUUGGUCCUUCGAUAUAACCUGUGGCCCCUUAAUGGCCCCUGUUUUAGGGAAAUCAUAGAACCACCACUGGGAUCGGUGACUCUGUGGUUCUGUGUGUCGCGACAACCUUUGAGACUCUCCAUAGCGUUGUGGUACCAUGUGAUAUGAAUCAAUAGAUCUUGGUACACAGAGCAAUUGGUGAAACACUGUGUUGGUUCAGAGGGAUACAGCAUGUUGGGUAAGGGAGAGGAUUGAGAGGAUUCUGGAUGUGAUGAGUUUAAUGUAAAGGACACAGAGAGAGAUGGUAGGGCCCAACCCAGAGUUGAUAAAUCAAUGGAGAGCCCAGUAUCUAAGUAUUAGAGCUACGAGGUAAUAACAGGUUUUAAGGGUAAUUAUCUAGACUCCAUAAAAUGAACAAUUAGCGUUUAAUACUGUCAAUAACAUGCACACCGCUCGUCCACAGAAGUCCAGGGGGCUACCAGCGCUGGGGAUUCUUAUUAAAAGAAUUCAGGGUAAACACAGUUGCACUCCUCAAAAGAGGAGCUCAGCUUACCCAAACCUUGGACUCCGCAGUGGAUAGGUGGAUGUUGUUUUGGUGUUUGGACCUGACGAGGUCUAGGCGGCAAGAUAACAACACAAAUAAAAUGUUUCCUAAGGAAUUACGAUGAUAAUGGACAUUUAUUAAAAGUGGUCGUACAAUCUAGAAAUAAUAAUCGGCAAUACUUAAAGAUUAGACUAAAUGAGUACGAUAAAGUAUUAAUCAAAUUUAUGAAUUCAUGUUGUCCACAAUGACAAAUGUCAUUUAAAAAUAAAUAAGUAAAAUACAAUAAAAAAAGGGUGUGUGUUUGGGCCUGCUCUCACGUGUGUGUUAGGGCCACAGAGGCAGGGGAGAAUCCUCUCCUACUUAGCUUGAUGGAAUACUCGAAGGGGUACCAAAAGCUUACUUCAGACGAAACAACAGGUAGAAUAUAAUAAGAUUAGAUCGCCCA